AUGAAGCGACAGUUACGUCGAUGGACAAAAUCGUGCUUACUUCCGUUGUCAGCCAUUUUGUUUGUGUGCGUCAUUUUGCUUCAAAACGGAUUCCUUCUAACAACGGUCAGUUUCGGCGCUGGGCCAGUUAAUGACAUGUCUGACAACAGCAACAAAGGACUUCGCAAGCUGCUAGAGAAGGACCAACUCACCAUGGAAAAACACCAACACAACCGCUCAGAAUGCGUCCAUCGCUUACCCGGAUGUAUAAUCAUCGGUGCCAGAAAAUGUGGCACCCGCGCACUCAUCGAAUUCCUCAAACUACAUCCACAGAUCAUUUCUCCAAAUGACGAGGUACAUUUCUUCAGCAACGAUACAAACUACAAACUUGGACUGGAAUGGUAUCGUGAGAAGAUGCCUCCGUCUUGUCCAGACCAAAUAACCAUUGAAAAGACACCAAAAUACUUCAUCUCCGCCAUUAGCCCUAGUCGGAUUCAUCGAAUGAACAGUUCCAUUAAGCUCAUUGCUAUUUUAAGACAUCCCACCACACGAGUCAUCUCAGACUACACACAGAUAUGCGCCAACAAACAAGCAAAGAACGAAACAGCCGAACCGUUUGAAGCUCGGGCUUUAGAUCGGCAGACCGGACAUAUUAACCCAGAUUAUAAAGCCACUCAGAUAAGUAUGUACUAUUUGCAUAUAGCUCGAUGGCUGCAGUUGUUUCCAUUGGAGCAGCUACAUAUAGUUGACGGGGACAAUCUUAUAGUUAACCCUUUAGAAGAAAUCCGAAAAAUUGAGACGUUUUUACAAUUGCCUCAGGAAGUCAAUCCAGAGAGCAUUUAUUUCAACAGCACCCGUGGCUUUUACUGCAUGAGGAAGUCCAAGACAGGUCCGGAACAAUGUUUAGGUGUCAAUAAGGGCAGAAAGCAUGUGAACAUUAGCGAGAAGAUCGUGUCCAGAUUUAAUAAAUUCUUCCGGCCACACAAUGAACGUUUGUACAAACUUAUCGGGAGAAGGUUCUCUUGGAGAUAG